AUGGAGGGAAAACCAGACAUCAGCAUCUACAUGUCCCGGCUGCGAGCCGGGACCGAAGAAUGGGCCCCUGCAGAUAAAAUGACCCACGACAAUAGCCGGAGCGAGCAGAACCCGUUGCUUUUCCAGGCGCCCUGCGGUGACGUUUGGCUCCUAUACACUUCGCAGCAUGCUGGUGAUCAAGACUCGGCGAUCAUAAAACAUCGGAUUUCGAAAGACGGUGGGAAGAAUUGGGGUCCGGAAGAAGCUCUUUUCCCAGACCAAGGAACGUUCAUUCGACAGCCGAUUAGGCUACUUGAGGAUGGUACAUGGGUGCUGCCGGUUUUCAAAUGUCGGGUCGACCCUGGCCAGAGAUGGAUGGGGAGCGACGAUAUCUCGUGCAUCCGUUUUUCAAAAGACCAGGGACAGACCUGGAGCGAGGCCGAGGUCCCGAACAGCACUGGUAUCUUGCGCUGUUCCGCAGUCGGUGGGCAGAUAAUGUGUACUUGUCCAGGUCUCGGGAUGGAUUGA